GGUUUGACCAUUCACAACCAAGUAUAUAUGCCUUAAAAGAUUGAAAAAUCUAUCUAUGGAUUACAUAAUCUGGGUUGUGGGACACUUUUUUUGCUCCUUUCCUCAUCUUCUUUCCCACAACUGGAUAAUAUGAAAUCAGCACACACUCUCUUUUGUGAUAAUGUCAUAAAUCCUUGUGGGGCCCAUGCCCAUGGACUUAUGACAACAUGACCAACUGACUUUCUUGGACCCACCAACAACACGCAAGCCCAUAUACUAAUACCUAUAUUUUGGAUCCCAUCACCUCUAUUCAAAAACACAGGCAUCUGAUUCAACUGGAGAGCAGAGGAAAAAGUUUAUUGAAAAAACUUUUAGGGAAAACAAAAAAAAAGAAAAAUAGAAAAGAUAGUGGUUGAGAGACUUUAGAAAUGAAAGACAAUUAUCAGAAGAAGUGAUAUUUUUCUUUUGUUAUUUUCUUGCUGCUUACUAUUGUUGUAGCUUGUUCAAGGCUAGUAAGCUCUUUUAAGAACACACACACACACAGGAAAAAUAAAAAAAUAAAAAAUGGAAGCUGCUUUGGAAUUGGAUGAUGAUAUUUUCUUCAAAGAUUUGAGCAAGCAGAUCUCUCUUCUGAUCAUGGAUGAUGAUGACCCACUUGCUCAGCAUCCAUCAGUAAAUUUACAGGCUCUCGCUCAAUCAAUACACCCAGCAAGACAAGAACCUCCCUUUAUCGAUUAUUAUCAUCAACAAAUGAACAAGAACGAGAGCAAAGGCACGGGCGUUUUCAUCCCUCGUUCUUCUCAAUUUCGAAGGAAAAAUGCUAAGCAAGGAAAGAGAUUUAUUACAGCAGCCUCUGGCAAUAAGUCUCAAAUGCCUUUCGACCAUAACUCGAGAGGGAUUUCAAGUAUAUCUUACAGCAAUAACAUCGAUAAUCCAUCAUCACACGAUCAUCAUUAUUCAGUUAACCACAAAAGAUUCUGAGCAUGGCGGUUGGUUGAUGGGGAAAAAUGAAUAAGAUUAACCACUCAAUAAAAACAAGGUUUUCAGAGUCUGUUGAUAGUCUUGAUUUGUACAAUAAAAAAGUUGUGCAGUAUGUAACUGGGUUAGGUCUCAGUUUAACCAAAUGUGUGCGUGUAAGAGUUUGUAAGUACAGUUUUUCUUAGUGUUUUUCAUGUCUGUUGAUUUUAUUCCUCAAUUGUUGUAAAUUUGUAAUAUUGAAGCCUUUUUGAUUGUUCAAGUUCAAGAUAUGUUGAUAUGGUAUAGUACUAUAGUCACCAUUUGGUCAUAGUGCAGAGUAGUGUUUUUAUUUUGCCUCCGAAGUUUGAUGGAUUCAGUUGGUUAAAUUUUGGAAGUACUUUUCACAGUUGCUUGAUCUGACCGGACUCUGCUGAUUCUAUCAUGGUCUGAUCACCUACCACGUUUGCAAAUGAAAACUGAA